AUGAAGAUCCUCUGUAUCCACGGCUCAUAUGGCAGCGCAUCGGCUUUUCGCACCCAACUAGAACCGUUUCUCGCUACGGUAGAGAAGCCCGGGGAAAUUGAUUUUAAAUUUAUUGACGGCAUUUACCCUGCCACGCCUCCAGAAGGCUUUCAAGAUUACUAUGGGCCGGGGCCUCACUACCUCAACACUCAAUUCGAUGGCACUGCCGGCCUUGAAACUUUGCAACAUAAAUUGCGCACGAUCAAACCGGGAGAAAACUACGAGGACACAAUCAAAGAGCUUGUUAAAAACAAUGCUACUGUCAUAUCCAAGGGAAAUUAUAUGAAGACGUUCGACUACAUUGAGCAGCUCCUAACUGAGGAUCCAGAGAUUCAGGGACUUCUCGGCUACUCUGAAGGCGCCACAACCGCCGCAACGUAUUUGUUACUACAGGCACGCCGACAUCAAGAAGAAGGCACCCCACAUAGGGUCAAGUUUGGCAUCUUCUUUGCUGGCUGGCCACCUACAAGAUUUGAGGGGGACCGCCUCGUGCCUAUUCUGCCCGACGAGGAUGACGAUGCCAUUAUUGAUGUCCCAACGUGCCAUGUCGUUGGCUGCAGUGACCCUUAUCUUUAUGGCGCGAUGACGCUAUUUCGAGUCUGUGAUGAAGAUACCGCCACUCUUUUUGAUCACGGCAAGGGCCAUACGCUGCCUCGAGAUCCUAGGACGAUCACCGAGCUAUCAGACUCCAUCAACACAACACUCAAGCAUGCAGGUCUCCUCAGCUAA